AUGAGUAGUGAUACCUAUAGCAGGUUCCGCAGCAUCGCUGAUUAUUUCCAAUACCUGGAUGACCUAAUUGAAAACGCAGACUGGGAAUCAGCAGAGUCUGCUGCUCAACUACUCUCGUUGAAUAACAAUCACUCUUCUCUUCCUUUCCUUCAGGUGGAAGAGUAUGGUUCUCGUAAAAACAGAAGCUACCUUAAUGAUGAAGCUUUUGACAAAAUUGUGUGCUUGCAUCUGCAAGUACUCUACAGUCUCAAUGUAGCACGGAAUUACGAGAAUGUUUACAACGCUCAUACCUCGAUAAUGCAAGUAUUUAACAAAGAAGUUCUCCAAAAGAAGAAAGAGGAGAACUGGUUUAUGCCCAUUUUCUAUCAACUUUGCUCUGACUUACUCAAAGUGGCUAGCUUCGCUGACGAGUUUGUAGAGCGGGAUGACGAGAUGGAAAACUCUGCAUCCUUUUAUGAAAGCUGUGCUUCCUUCAUCAUGGAAUCAUAUCGUACUUGUGUCUCAGAUGUACGUGCCGAUGCCUCAACUACUAAAAAAAUUGCAAUGCUUAACAUGACAAAUCAACUGUUCCGUAUUUACUUCAGAAUUGACAAGCUCAAUUUGCUCAAACCAUUAAUACGAGCUAUUGAUAAUUCCGGCCCACUUUAUCACGAGUUCUCAAUGGCAGAUAAGGUCACCUAUAAAUACUUUCUCGGUAGAAAAGCGAUGUUUGACUCCGACUUGCCCUUAGCCGAAGAAUCACUCUCUUAUGCUUUCCGUAAUUGCCCACCUGAGUCCAUGACAAACAAAAGGCUAAUUCUCAUAUAUUUAAUACCUGUGAAAAUGUUUCUGGGGCACAUGCCCUCUCCAUUCCUUCUGCACAAAUACCAAUUAGAUGAUUUUCAUGAUGUGGUAGAGGCCGUUAAAGACGGAAACUUGGGCAAACUAGAUAGGGCUUUGGCUGAUCAUGAAGAUUUCUUCAUCCAGUGCGGAAUCUUUCUGAUGCUCGAAAAACUUCGAGGAAUCACAUUCCGAACAUUAUUCAAAAAAAUAUCUACAAUUCUGAAUACAAAUAUGAUACCUCUGGGAGCGUUCCUGUGUAUUCUGAAAUAUCUCAAAGUUGAUGAUGUGGAUGAGCUGGAGUUGGAAUGUAUAGUAGCGAAUCUGAUUGCUGAGAAAAAAAUCAAGGGAUAUCUAUCUCAUCAACAUCAGAAGCUCGUGAUUAGUAAGAAGGAUCCUUUUCCUGCCCUGUCAUUAAUUCAUGCUGGAUCUCAUUGA